CAACAGAGGAGAGGACGUGUGACGGCUCAUCACCACAGCAGAGAGGAUGAAGCAGGUUCCUGUAGAUGACACUGAGGACGUUUCCCUGGAUAUAGGAAAUGAAGAAGAACUUGCUCUACGGAAAGCGAAAAUCAGGCAUCCCCUGGCCACGUUUUUUCAUCUAUUUUUUCGUAUUGGAGCUAUUGUUGCUUAUUUGUUCUGUGACUGGUUCAGCAAAAGCUUUGUCACGUGUUUUGUCACUAUCCUGCUUCUUCUGUCCUUUGACUUUUGGUCUGUUAAGAAUGUUACUGGUCGACUACUAGUUGGCUUACGCUGGUGGAAUCAGAUUGAUGAAGAUGGAAAAGGUCAUUGGAUAUUUGAAGCCAAAAAGGUUUCACCUAAUAAUUCUACAUCAACAGAAGUUGAGGCUCGAAUCUUCUGGCUGGGUUUGAUUAUCUGCCCCAUGAUCUGGACGGUGUUCUUCUUCAGCACGUUAUUUUCUUUGAAGUUAAAAUGGCUGGCCUUGGUGAUUGCUGGCAUCUCCCUCCAGUCAGCAAAUCUUUAUGGUUACAUUCACUGUAAAACUGGCAGCCAUCAAAAUGUGGGGAGGACGGCCUCACGAUUUUUGUCCCAGCAGCUUUUUCAACGGACUCUAUGAAAAGAGAAGCCAGCUUUCCAAAUAAUCUCUCUACCAUCAAUAGGACAUGAAAGGAAUGACCGGAACCUGUAUAAAUUCUAGUGCCUAGGGGCUGUUCACUCAGCAGUUUUGACAGCGCCACUCCAUGCUAAAAAGUCACCGGCACCCAGAGUCCCACUGUUUUCAAAAGAAGAUCAUGAAUAAUUGUGCCAAGAAUAUACUGAAUCUGCACUAAAUUCUGCAAAAGCCAUUGUGUGAAGAUGCUUUCAAUUUCAUAAUGUUUCAUUUCACUGGUCAGGGUCUCUCUUGAACCCUUUGCCUACCUUUAGGGCUCAUGUACACGACUGGCGUUUUUC